AUGGUUGCAACAGCACCAGCACAUCCCCCAAGCACCCAGCCCCCGGGUUCGACGUGGGCGUUGCGCCGCUGCGACAGUCUCCUGCCUCCACCGCUCGACUGCCACACAGGCGCACACGCACACACGUUCGCACCCCCCGACCCCCAGCCUGCCCCUCCACGUUUCAAGCCCCACUUAAGCCGGGUGCCCCGUCGGCCAUGGCGCCUUCUGUCUGAGGAUGUCCCGCUGAUACCGGAGAACGCGGUGGACCUCUUCCCGGAGAAGCUGGGCCCGCGCAUCUUCUACCUGCCGUCGGCAAACGCCAUCCUGAAGAAGGGUCCGACAGUGCGAAUGGCCGAGGCCGAGGCCAUGCGCUUCCUGAAGACGAGGCUGCCAAACGUGCCCGUGCCCGAGAUCUACCAGAGCUUCAUGAAAGACGAUCUAGGUUUCAUUCUGAUGGAGAAGAUUGAGGGCCGGCCUCUCAGCGAGCUAUGGGACCGUCUGGACGCCGAGAAGCGCGUCUCCAUCGUCGAGCAGCUGCGCGGCUUCAUCGAACAGUGGCGCGAGCUCAAGGGCAGUUGGUACGGCAGCCUGGGCGGCGGCAGCAGCGUCGCCAACUACGGCGAUCAGAGCAACCCGCACCACCACCACCGCGGCAGCACCGGCAGCAGCAGCGCCGGCUCCGAUGCGUACAGCCCGCACCCCGGCGACGCCUCUCCCCCGCCGCAGCCGCAGGCGCCGGCCAUCGAGCCCGGCAGCGGGCCGGGCGGGCCGUGCGAAGACAUCGUCUUCAAGCACCUGUGUCUGGCCAGCCCCGGCGAGCAGAAGACGUACGGCCCGUUCAGCAGCCGGGCCGAGUACAACGAGGGCGUGGUCGAGGCGCUGCGCAACAGCCGCACGACGGGCGAGCUCAGCGACGCCGACGAGCCGCUGGUGGCGCGCAUCCGGGCCGAGGACGAGUCGGACGAGAAGGUCUUCACGCACGGCGACCUGCAGCCGGUCAACAUCAUGGUCGACCCCAAGACGCUGCGCAUCACGGGCAUCCUGGACUGGGAGACGGCGGGGUACAGCCCGCCCGAGCGCGAGUACUGCGAGGGCCGCAGCCGCGGGCGCGAGGAGGUGUGGCGCCGCGAGCUGGACAGCCUGUUCGACGACCCGAUCAAGGAAAAGUACAAGCUGUGGCGCGACAUCGACUGGGCGCUCGUGGCCCACAGCCGCGUGUGGAGCAAGUGA